GGCCCGGGGUUGCUAUGGAGACAGGAAGCUUGCAACAGGUAGGUGCAGUAGAACCCAGAAAGUGAUUGCUUACGGUAUCGGUAUCGCAACAAAGCCUGCUUCCUCCAUCCACAUCUUCAACUCUCCCCUCAGCUGGCCUUUCGCCCCUUGACGCCUAUGGAAAAUCCUACUUCUCUGAAUCAAGAAGAAAACAAAGAGACGGAGGAGUCAGAGAGGCCAUGGCAAGGAGAGUCAGAAUCUUCUCCCCGGGAUCCCGAUCCCCCAUCACCUAAGUACCAGGAAGAGGAGCAUAGGUCAGAAACUGAACCCCCACCCAGAAUGAGCCCCUCUUGGGGCCGCCAGUCUAGGGCGAGCCUGUCUCCGGGAGGCAUCACCGCGGAACCAGGAGUGUCACCCUCCCCUCCUUCGCCUCCUCCGGAGUCUCAUUUGACUCCUCACAUGACUGCAACUAUUCAAGAUCCCGAUGCCUCCUCACAGGUAGAGAGGUCCCAUAGUGGGACUCCUGACACGGGGACACCUCAUUCUGAUCCCAGGGAACCGUAUUCUGCCGCAAGACAGUCAACUCACUACGCAAGGCGAACAGAGAAAAGCGCCCUCUCGCAAUGUCAGGCACCCCAAUCUGACCUGUGUGGACCAGGGGGUGCCAGCCAUGACCAGUCCAAGCAAAAAGGGCUGAGAUUUGACCUUUUACACGAGGAAGAGUCGAACAGUAACUGUGACCCAGACCAGCCUGAGUUUGGGGCCAAUGAAGCAGCCCCCAGUGUGCUUGAUGUGGCUGUGCAGAACGCAAAGGCGUACCUGCUGGGUACUAGCACCAAGUCUGGCUUAAAUCUAUAUGAUCAUCUGUCUAAUGUGCUGUCCAAGGUCCUAGAUGAGCGUCCUACAGAUGCUGUUGACAUCAUUGAAAGUAUAAGCCGAGAUGUGAAAAUGGCACGUUUUAAUAAAAAAUUAGAUACGCUCCACAACGAAAACGAGAUGCUUCCAGCAUAUGAAAUAGCAGAGAAGCAGAAGGUGCUUUUCCUCCAGGGGCAUUUGGAAGGAGCUGACUCAGAGCUGGAGGAGGAAAUGGCAGAAAGUGUGCUGCCUAAUGUGAUGGAAUCGGCUUAUUAUUUUGAACAAGCUGGAGUUGGUCUGGGGACAGAUGAGACGUACCGAGUAUUCCUGGCUCUCAAGCAACUUACCGACACACACCCAAUCCAAAGAUGCCGCUUCUGGGGCAAGAUCCUGGGUCUGGAAAUGAAUUAUAUUGUUGCUGAAGUGGAAUUUCGUGAUGGUGAAGAGGAAGAGGAGAUGGGAGAGGAAGGGGUAGCUGAGGAGAGGGACAAUGAGGAGAGUGAUGCUGGUGAAGGCGAGGAGGAUGAACUGCCAAAGUCCUUGUAUAAGGCCCCGCAGGCGAUACCCAAGGAAGAAAGUAGAACAGGCACCAAUAAGUAUGUCUACUUUGUUUGCAAUGAGCCUGGGAGGCCGUGGGUGAAGUUGCCGUCAGUUACUCCUGCUCAAAUUGUUACUGCAAGGAAAAUCAAGAAGUUUUUCACUGGGCGACUAGAUGCGGCCAUUGUAAGCUACCCACCCUUCCCAGGAAAUGAGAGUAAUUACUUAAGGGCACAAAUUGCCCGGAUUUCAGCAGGGACCCAUGUUAGCCCUCUAGGAUUCUAUCAGUUUGGUGAAGAGGAAGAGGAAGAGGAAGAGGCGGAAGUGGGUCGCAGCAGCUAUGAGGAAAACCCUGACUUUGAAGGCAUCCAAGUGAUUGACCUGGUGGAGUCUCUGGCCAACUGGGUUCAUCAUGUGCAGUACAUUCUUCCUCAGGGUCGCUGUCAUUGGUUCAACCCUCUACAGAAAAAUGAGGAAGAGGAAGAAGAAGAUGAAGAAAAAGGAGAAGAGACUGACUACAUAGAACCAGAAGUGGGGCCUCCUCUCUUGACACCGCUCUCUGAAGACUUAGAGAUUCAGAAUAUACCCUCUUGGACUACCCGACUGUCCUCAAAUCUCAUUCCACAGUAUGCCAUUGCUGUCCUUCGAUCCAAUCUCUGGCCUGGAGCAUAUGCCUUUUCCAAUGGCAAGAAGUUUGAAAACUUCUACGUAGGCUGGGGUCAUAAGUACAGUGUGGAGAAUUACACACCCCCAGGCCCACCACCGGUUUAUCAAGAAUAUCCCAGUGGACCAGAAAUUACAGAAAUGGAUGAUCCCAGCGUGGAGGAGGAACAAGCUUUCAGAACUACCCAAGAGGCAGUUGCACUCUCAGCUGAGGAUGACGAAGAAACCGAAGAUGAAGAUGACGACAAUGAUGACUAAUGCAGAAUUAAACCAGUCUUAUGUGGCACUAACACACAUAAAUCUCUUAUGGGGACUGAGUUUUUUU